AUGACCACAACAUACCAAGAAAAUGUCGAAGAUUUCCCUGUGGAAUUUCAGAAUGUCAAUUUCAAGACCGAUGACAUCAUUCUUGAUGAAUUAUUCAAUGAUAUUUUUCCAAACCCUACCAAUGAUGAUGCAUUUCAAAACCCUAGUUGUAUGCCAUACUGUCUCAGGUCGGAGUCGGGUUUGGACUCUAGUCAGAUGAACCCUCAUAGCUUUGGUCAACCUGAGAGUCAACUGAUGGUGAGUUCUGAUGAUGCUUCUAGAACAUCCAAUUCGACCUUAGGAUAUUGUCUUGGGGAAGCUCCAGUUUCAAAAAAUCCGGUACAUUUUUCCCUAAAUUUAGGAAAAAAUUCAAUAAAAGGUGGUGUUGUAGAACAUAAACUGAAAUUACAGAGUGUCAAUUGUAAUAUAAGUAACUGUAGUUAUUUGUUGAAAAGGAAAAAGAGUAAUGAAGACUCAAAUGAUGUAAGCAAACACCAAAAAUCCACUAUAUUUUCCUUGAGUGACAAUGUUAACAAUGAUGAGGACGAAAAGGGGAUGGCUAGAAAAAUUAGGAACAGGGAAAGUGCUCACUUGUCAAGGCAGAGAAAGAAGCAUUAUGUUAAGGAGUUAGAGAAUAAAUUUAGAAUAUUUCAUUCAGCAAUUCAACAUUUGAAUGCAAAUUUAUCAUAUGCAAUGGCAGAAAAUGUAACUGUAAUGGCACAACUUGGAGGUACUGGUGUACCUGCUCAAGUGUCGCCACCCCCCGAGAUUUAUCCAUAUCCUCCUCCAUGGAUGUCAUAUACACCAUCUUAUAUGAUGAGCCGACAAGGAUCUCAAGUGCCAUUAGUUCCCAUUCCAAAGUUGAAAUCACAGUCACUAGCACCCGCGCCAAAAAUUAGCAAGAAUGUGGAGAAAAAGAAGAGUGAGGUAAAAACAAAGAAGGUUGCUAGUGUUAGCUUCCUUGGUGUGUUGUUCUUCAUGAUGCUCUUUGGUGGGUUGGUUCCUUUAUUAAAACUGAGAUAUGUAGGUUAUUCUGCGAAAUACAGUGGAAAAGACCAUAGCUCCCAUUGUGGUCGGGGAGGUCAUGGUGAAAGCAAUCAGAAAAAUACCAAUAAGGCUGCAAAUAAGUUUGUUCAUGUGGGGAAUGGUAGUGAUCCUUUGGCAGCCUCUCUAUAUUUCCCAAGGAAUGAUAAACUUGUUGAGAUUGAUGGGAACUUGAUAAUUCAAUAUGUAUCGGCAAGUGAGAAAGCCAUGGCAUUUCAUGGAAGUGCUGAUAAGAAAAAUAGAGAGACCGGCCUCACAGUUCCUGGUGAUUUAGCCCCUGUCAUCCCAGGAAUCCAUCCUCGCCUUUAUCGAAGUCCUGUAAUGGGACAAAUCAUUCUUGGAUCUAAGGAGAAAGAAAAUGUAAAAUCAACAAUGCAGGAGUGGUACCUUGAAGGUCUUGCCGGUUCGAAGUCCCUCUCUCGGAUACUCGUUGUUGUGCUUAUUGAUAGUGUCAAAUAUGUCACCUAUUCUUGCAUGCUUCCAUUUAAAGGAUCUGCUCCUUUAGUGAAUGCCCCUGAAGAUGGAGUGUUCAUGUAG